AUGCCUGCUGAUGAUGCGAAUAAGGGCGAGUCUGCCGUCCCCAAAUUUGGUAGCUUCAAGCUACCUCCAGGAACCUCGGAUAAAGCAGAGCCCUCCUCCUCGAACAGACAUCGCAGUACUCGUGAACGUACCCGUGAACGUGAUUAUCAUCGCGAGCCGGAAUCUCGGAGCUCCAGGCGUCGAAGUCGGGAUGCUCGAUCAACUUCACCGCGGCGCUCUUAUAGAAGUCACAACGAAAAACCCUCUGAUCGGCACUCCAGUUCACGUCAUCGUCGCCACGAACAACCCGAAAGUAGUCGCCAGUCGCGAGAACAAACCCGGCGUCGCGAGCAUCGUACACCUGCCGAGCCAUAUCCACCUUCUGAAUACUCAAAAAAUAGGCGAAGUGCCUCUCCCGAACGGUAUACACAUAAAACCGGCGCAUUACGUGCACCCAGUGUGUAUGGGUCGAGUAGCUUAGAUGGUUCAACGCAUGCUACCAGCCGAUUUGAAUUGGAAUCGAAAGAUGGUCUCACAGGGCCCGACCAUGUAUCUCAGGCGGACUCUUCAACAGACAGUCUCUUCGUGAUCGACCUGGUAGGCGACCCGGAUAUUCACAAAUAUGGCAGAAAAAAACGGUGGAAUGUUCCAAAUUACUCGCUCUUUGGCGCAGGCUAUGUACUCGGCCUCGGGAGCACACACAGGAUAGAUCGGAAUGAGUCGAGAGGAGACUAUGUUGUCCUGCGCCCGACUAUGGCCACAGACUCGGUGUUUAAGGGCCCAGAAAGAGAUGAGUUAUAUGCUACACGCGAUACUCGUGAAAUCGGAAUCGCCCAGAGAAAUGAUCGGAAAGAAUCAUUAAUACCUUCCAUCGUGGAAACGAUGCGAGAUAGCCUAUUUUCAAAUCAAAAUCACUGGUCUUCUCAGCUUUUCAAUCGAACACAUUUUGAUCAUCUGGACGCAACAGCAGACUUCGUUUCCUUUGAUACAGAUGACAUAGAUCCUUCCGCAGAUACCGAUCAAUCACACGUCAUUGACCCCGAAGCCGAAGAACGAGUUCGCGAUGCCGCCCUCUCGAGAGCAGCUGAAGAAAACCCUGAAGACGUUUCUGCAUGGCUCAGGUUUAUUGAUCAUCAAGAUGUAUUGAUUCCUGGGUCGCAUGAUGAGUCUCACAACCUCACACAAGCCGAGCAAUGCAACCUUUCCGACAAAAAACUUUUCAUUUAUGAAAAGGCCCUUCGAAAGGUCGGCAAAAGUUCGCAAAAAGACUGUCUUCUCCUGGGUAGAUUACAGGUGGGAGCGCAAAUAUGGGAUCGACGCAAGGUGUUAGAUCAAUGGAAAGCUACUCUGCGUGAAAAUCCUGGGUUCAUCGGUCUUUGGGUGAAAUACCUCGACUUUUUCCAAGCCGACUCGCCAAAUUUUAUCCUCCAUCAGUGCAUAGCUGCCCACAUGGAGUCACUGCGAAUUAUCUCAUCUGCGCGCUCGGAAGACACUCGCAAUUCUCUGGCACAAGUCUAUGUUUUCCUUCGUUUGACGAUUCUCUAUCGCGAUGCGGGUUACAAUGAACUCGCGGUCGGUCUCUGGCAGGCACUCUUCGAAUUCUCUUACUUCAAGCCAGAGUCCGUCGAAAAUGUGGACGACGCAUUGAGUUUAUUCAACGAUUUCUGGGAGUCGGAAACAAUUCGGAUUGGCGAAAUAGGCGCAAAGGGUUGGGAGAGCAGCACUAAUUCUGAUGUGGAUCCUGUAACCAUUGAGUACUCUUCUCAUAUCAACGACACGUCGCUUUUGGAAUCCUGGAUCGAAUCCGAGAGGGAGCGAAUGGACAAGUUGCAAAUGCCAUCCCGCAGCCUGGACGGAACCACUCCACCUUUCGAUGACCCAUAUAACAUCGUUCUUUACUCUGAUGUCCGCGAGGUCUUGCGCUUAUUCGAUGACUGCCAGCUGGAUAGCUUGAUCAAUGCUUUCCUGUGCUUCUGUCAGCUACCAAUUUUAACAAAUUCGAGCAACAUCCCAACGGCACGAUUAUGGAGUGGGGAUAGCUUUGUGCGCAAUGAGUUGGUUGAGGAUCGUCAUUUUAACCUUGAGUCCUGGAUGUCCCCUCAUCUAGAUACCCUUCAGGCCGGAGAAGCGCCGAAGCCAACACUGCCAUUCAUGUAUCCUCUUCGGAACUUUUUGCACAACACCGAUACUCUGUUCGCCCACCCAGAGCUUUGGUUCUCUUCUUUCCAGCCAAAAAGAGUAGAGUUCACGCAAAGCGAAUGGAUUCAGCGAACUUUGCAGCUACUCAUAAGUCGCCAUUCAAGUAAUGCAGAGUUGACUGAGUACUGUCUAGCGUUGGAGUUCGCAUAUUCCCCCAAGAGCGCCAAGAAAUUUGCAAAGACUGCCCUGAAAGAGAGACCGACGAGUUUGAGACUCUGGAAUGCAUUGGCUAUGAUGGAAAUCAGGUCCAAUUCCAGAGACAAAGCCCUCGCAAUAUGGUCAAAUGCUCUGUCAAAUAGCUUCUCCUGGCCGCCUGCUGAAACUCUUGAACGUAGCAUCAUAUGGCAGUCCUGGGCUUGGCAGUAUGUUGAGCAAGGAGAAAAAUCGGCAGCAUCAUAUAUCCUUCACAAUGUGGGGGCUGAGAAAUUCAACAUGUCGGGGAUUCCACAGCAGGGAGAGAUAAACUCCAGUUUCAGUGCGACUGCCACUCUUCGAACACAAAAACAUCUUCGCGAGCUUCAAGGUCAAGCUUUGGCCUCCAAAAAUGGCCAGGCAUACGUCGCUUACACCGACUGCCUCGGUUUGGUCUACUACCUAACAGAAUGGCCUUUCAAGGCUGCUAUUGAUGUCUACACCGAUGCUGUCUCGCAGGUCGAGCAGCUGCCUUCCGAGUUUGAGAGCUUGAAAGCAUUGACCACAGAGCUUCUUCACCAAGCUCGCGCACGACUGAUAUGGGACCGUAUCAAGAAUGGCCCAAAGAUGAACUCAGAGAAACCGACAGAAUACCGCGAGCUUCUCGAGGAAAGCAUCGCGUUAUUCCGACACAACACGAUGUUUUCUACCAUCUGCAUGUGGAAUGAAUCCCGUGUGCUCCGAAUCGAACGAUUACGAGUUGACAAGCUCCUCCAGCAGGACUCCGAGCAGCAGUAUAAGCUGACAGAUGUUCUCUCUCUGAAUGAACCUAUCUCAAACACUCUUCUGCCAAUCUGGCUUGAAAUGUCCAGUGGAUGUGGCGAGUCAUGGCGAGUGCGGACGCUAUUUGAGACAGCACUCGCGGGAGUUUAUAGUCGCGCUAGAGCGAACCUUACGAUCUGGAAGCUAUACAUGAUUUACGAACUUGACCACGUGAAAGACAUGACGGCUACCAAGACCGUCUUUCAAAGAGCCAUACAGGCUUGUCCAUGGUCAAAGGAGCUGAUCAUGUUCGGCUUUGAGAAACUUCGUGGCUCGUCGGGUCUGAGCGUGGAUGAGCUUCGACAGUUGCUCCUCGUGCUUGGUGAUAGGCAACUACGGCUUCGUCUGGACAUCAGAAAUGAGGUCAUCCGUCAAGCCGCCGAUGAGGCCCAAGCCGACCAAGAGAUGCAUGAUGCCCCUUCGGUGGAUUUUUGA